GAAACGACAUGAAAAGGGGGGCGACGCAGCGGCGGCACCUUCCUCCUCCUUUCUGCGGAAACCCGCAUCGAGAUUUCUUCAUGACAAGGGUUUCUCUAGCCCCCUGAUUUCCCUCGUGCGAUCAUCAGAGCAGAGACGGAGAAAAGAGUGCCAUGGCUGUACGUAAACUCACCUCGAUCAGGCCGGAGAUUUCGUCGCCGACGAGGAGGUGGCUGGAGAAUUCGUCGCCGACGAGGAGGUGGCCGGAUCGUCCGCAGAGAGAGGAGACGCCGGUUUCUACUUGAGUUGAGAUGCCACGAUGAUCUUCUCUGAGUUUGUUGGGAGCCGCAAUGCGUCGGGGAAGAAGGGGAAAUCUGAUUCCCGGAAUCGUUUGAAUCCUCGUGCCUCCUUGUGUUGGGCUUCGCGACGAUAACUCUUUGGUCGAGAACGACGCCGCAUCCAAUUGCAGCCCAUUAGGCCCAGCAUUUCGCUGCCUUCACGCCGCGCCGCCCGCCCGCCCAGCGCCGCCGAUGACGCCGCCGCUGCCGGCGCGCCUGCUGCACGCGCGCGGCAAGACCACCGCGGCGCAGCACGCGGCGGCGCGGCACCUCGACCACACCUUCGAGAAGCUGCUGGCCUCCAGCCUCCCGCUCAUAGCGGCAGCCCCUCUCCUCGACGCGCUCCGGGCCUCGCCGGACCCGCUCGCGCUCCCGGACCUGGCCCGCCGCCUCCCGCUCCGCCUCCACCGCCGCGGGCCGCUCCACUUCCUCCGCCUCUUCCCGCGCGUCUUCCACCUCCGGCCCCCGCUCCCGCUCUCCCUCUCGCUCACCCCGCCCGCCGCUUCCCUCCUCGCCGUCGCCUCCUCCGCCUCCACCGCCGCGCAGACGCUGCACCGCCUCCUCGCCAUGUGCCCCUCCCGCUCCGUCCCUCUCCGCGCCGUCUUCCGCGUCUGGCGCGAGCUCGCGCUCCCGGACGACUUCGAGGACUCCGUGCUCGCGCGGCACCCCCACCUCUUCCGCCUCGCCCCCAACCCCGCCGAGCCCACAACCCACCUCCUCCACCUCAUCCCCGACACCUCCAAUUUCUCCCCGGCGGUGGACAACAACACCCGACCUGCGAACAAGCACGCCUUCAGGCUGCAGUUCCCGCCAGGGUUCAGGCUGACCAAGGAGUACCGGAAGAAGAUCAAUGCCUUCCAGCUGCUGCCAUACGCUGGUCCGUACGAGCCAACUGAUCACAAGACUGUCAGCACCAAGACGAGGGUGUCGAAGAUGGCCAGGAGGAAGAUGGAGAAGAGGGCGGUGGGGAUCGCGCACGAGUUCCUCAGCCUCACCGUCGAGAAGAUGGUGGAGGUGGAGAAGUUCAGCCAGUUCCGCAAGUGCCUCGGCAUCGACGUGAAUGUCAGGGACGUCUUCUUGGAUCACCCGGGGAUAUUUUACCUCUCGGCAAAGGGGAAGCGGCACACGGUGUUCCUGCGGGAAGCGUAUGACCGUGGCAAGCUUGUUGAGCCGAAUGAUGUUUCGGAGGCGCGGAGAAAGCUUGUUGAGCUCAUGCUCUUGCGACGCCAUGGGCUUGGGAACGCCAAUUCUAAUGCCAACAUGUCUGCUUCAAGUGCCAAUGCCCAAGAGAACUUUCAUGAUGAUUUGCAGGAACUGGAGGUUUGAUACUUUGAUGUAUUUAAAAAGCCGGAUCAACUAGGGAGUAGUGGAAUUCAUGAAUGUUUUCCAUAAGUGCUUGACCCAACCUAAAUGGUAAAUUCAUUGAUGGCGCAGUUCUUUUAUCCGCAUGUUGAUUGAGAUGGGAGUUUUUCCAGGGAUGAUAUGCUCACUGUAUGCUAUGGUCAGUUGGCAUAAUAUGCUAGUCAGUAUAUUCGUGACUCACAGUCUCAGGUAGCAUCUCUCUGAGCUAGCCUUAUUGCCAGGUCAAGAUUAAAGUAGUUUACUACAGUAGUACUUAGUUGAUUGCUAAUAUAUCUUUUAUCCCGACGAAACAGUUUGGAAAGCUUGUACUGUGCCAACUAGAAUAGAUUUUAUUCGAGGGAUGCUAUUUUGUUGUGGUUUUGCUUGUUACUGUUGUAUUUAUCGUUACAGGCCUAAUGAGGGACAUCGGUUGUUUUCCAUAUGCUAACCUAAGCCUAGAAUUAACUUUUAGAUUAUCCACUAGAUUAGGAUUGUUGUGGGAUAUUUGUAUAGAUGCAGGCAUGGAAGAGCAUAAAGUGUUGCUAGGAUGAUACUCCGUUUCAUGUUAUUUGGGCUUUUGACAUCUGCUUCAUGGUUUUUCAGGUUAUCCUGAACUUUAAAUUUUCUGUGUUAGCCGUUUUUUGAGAUGGAAUCUGAUUUAUCUUAUAUAGUGUUAUGUUCUUACACAUUAUAUACUGUAUGUAGUUGGAGGGAUUCUUAUUGUGUCCAAUCCAUGUAUCAUUGGAGAAUAUCAUAGUUGGUGCUUAUGAUAAAUACUCGAUCGCUCCAAGCCUCCAAUAGAGCAUUGCAUAUUCUGUUAAGGAAAUUUGGUGCAUCUAUUUUUUAUUAGCUUCCAGAUUCUGUACUCUUCAAUCUGUUCUGCUAGCCUUCUUAUUACUGACAGUGCUUACUACACAAAGAUGAUCUUGCAUAUACUUCCGCUUAUCAUUCUAGCUUGAUGAUUAUUUCUUCAUGUCAACUUUUAUUUAAUUUAACAUGGCGAGUUGUCAUCAAACAGGUUUACAGUAUUAUACUAUGGAGGAAAUUGUCAAGUAAGAAGGACCUUGACGCUGAUAUCAAGUGUUAUAGAUCACCGGGUUUCUCUGGAGAUGGUCUUAACUGAACCCGAUUUUCAGAACCUAAUGAAUGAGUUCGUCAUUAUAGGAUCUCAACAGGAAGUGAAUCAUUAUAUCUCUGAUUCUUUUGAGAGAUUGUCAGGGGGGCUAUGGACAAAAUGCAGCAAUUACUGGAGAAGUGGAACCUGUACUUUUGCACAAUUCGCGUGUUUUGAGUUGCCAAUCACUCGCUCCUACCAGUUCUGUAUCUACAAUUCAACUUCUGAAUUCGGACUAUGGCCAAGCUAUUGCCACUGAACUUUAAUGUCUGUGUUGUUAUCCUGUUACGUGCUAAGAUCAGUCUAUAACCACGGAUCUCUUGGUGGCUCAAGGUUAAUUCAACAUGAACAGAGUCGAUUCUGUGCAAGAAGUAAACACUCAGAAGUCUGCUCAACUGAAACUAUAUAUAGCAUCUCAUGUUUAUCCACACAUUUCUGCUACUUUGAUCUCAGAUAUUCCCAGCUACAUUCUUCGCUUGGUAAAUGUUCCCUUUUCUUCUUCUAAAACGUCGACUGUAUACACAGAGUCAUGACUAGUGCGAAGUUAGAAGGGAAUGUGGAUGUUCGGAAGUGAAACUCUAGACUGCAGCAGCCUCCUGAAAACCUUCUCGCUCCCGGUCUCCAGCUCAUUGAUACAUUCCUCUAGGUUCUGCAACCUCUUCAAUGUCACCAUUGCUGCUGACGGCCUUUCUGGGGGACUUCCAGGAACGGUCUUGUGCCGACGGCCCCGAUAAGAAGCUAUCGGCACCUUGUUGCUUUCCCGUAGUGAUAUGCAUAUGAAAUUUUGAAGCAUCAUUUUCUCGAAAAUUUAAAAGUAUCAAGAAUGUACCUAGUUAUGUUAUAUCCCCA